UUUCAUAUCCGUCUUCCUUGACAUAUUACUUUUUACAUUCUGUCAUUAUACAUAAAUUUAUUAAAAAUGAGCGGAAAUAUAAAGCGUACCUUCUUUACAACAUACAUGAGAGAUUUUCCUGAAAAACAUGCACCGAGAGUGGCGAGCAUAAAAAGUUUACAAGAGUUUAAGAAUCCAAUAUCGGGAGACCUAAAAGAUUACCUAGUCAUUGGAAAACUCCACCUGAAUUCGAAUGAAGAGGAACUAGAACAAUUUCAAAAUAGGUUUAACGACAAGUAUGAGAAAAUUAACCAAGUUCAUUCGUUGUCGACCAUCGAUUCGGAAUAUGUGAACUCGCUUGAGGGUAAUGAUGCACUGACAACCUACCAAGUAGACUACGACAAAAUAAAAUCGCACAAAACACAUUCACGGGUCCAGUCACAAUUCCACCUUCCACAUGAUGUGUAUAUACCUGAAACUGAAAUUUCGUAUGCGUUUAGGAAUCCCAUUACGUUGAACCCUGAUGCUUUGGGCCCCCAACAACCACUAAAACGUGAAGGUAAACUGGAAGCUCUUGCCCAAAAGGCCAUAACAGGGGCAUUUCAAUACAGGACUGAAUACACAGAUUCUAUAGCUACUAGAGCCGAGGAAAGAAUGAAAAUGCUCGAGUGUAAAACACCUCGUGGUGAAUCUUAGAUUUAGUUGUAUAUUUUGUCACAUAAUUUUAUUUAUAAGAUGUAUACUAUUUAUAUCUAUGCAUAAUUAUUUUUUUACAAUUAAUAUAAUAAAUUUCAUAUUU